AUGGGAUUCAAUCCUUUGGGGUUGAGUUUUAUUUUGGCUAUUUUUGCAAUGAGGGGAAUGAAAAAAUCCACAUGGGAGAGGAAGGUCAAUGCUUAUAAGAGGUGGGGUUUGUCUGAGGAAGAGAUUCUUGUAGCAUUUGGAAGGAGCCCACAUUGUAUUAUGGCAUCUGAGGAUAAGAUUAUGCGGGUGAUGGAUUUUUUGGUCAACAAAAUGGGCUUGGAGGCUUCCCUUAUUGUCAAGCGCCCAAACCUCCUUACUCUUAGCUUGGAGAAGCGACUUAUUCCAAGGGCUUCGGUUAUUCAAGUUUUGCAAUCGAAGGGUUUGAUUAAGAAAUUGUUUUACUUGCCUGCUGUGUUUGAGGAUGCAGAGGAGUUGUUUCUGCAGAAGUUUGUGAUGCCUUAUGAGAAGGAAGCUUCUGAAUUGUUGCAGUUAUACAAGGAAAGAUUGGUUUUCUCAGAAUGA